AAUUGAAACGCGUUUUCUCUCCUCCUCAUCAUCAUCAUCAAGGGAGAGAUGAAUUGAAAUGCAAGUCAUUGAUCCUUAAAUACUCCCUUUCUCUCUGCUUCUCCUUUUUUUCUUCUCCCUAUUCCGUCAUCUUCAAAAACUUUUCCCAAACCCUAAUCACCCAUUUCCCGGAAACCUUAUCACCAUCCUCUUUCAUCUUCGAUUCGUGGGUUGAAUCCAGAAAUUCGAUUUCUUCGACGUUAGCGUCUUGCUCUUUUGUUGUUUUCGCACGAUAUGUGCCCCUUGAGGUUCAUAUUGGUGUUCUUCUCUGCCGUACUUGCCGGUUAUUUUGCGUGGAGGACGGUGCGUUCCUCGGACCAUUCCGUCGCAGAUUCCAUCUCCGGCGACUCUCCCGUCGAACAGAAGGAUAAAAUAGGAUUCAAUUUCAAAAGGACGGUGGAGAAGGGUUUCUGGGUGUUCGUGGAUAUGGCGAGCGGAAGAUAUCUGUGGAGAAAUCUGAACGAGUUGAGAGAAAAAGGCCAUUGAAGGGGGAAGAAAGAUAGGAGACAUUAGCAGUAUUUAGAUGAUGAAUCUGAAUUCUGUAAUUUGAUCACUCGAGAGAGAUCUGAUGUAAGGAUGGGAGGAGCGACAGCUUUUAAGCCAUCUUCUGUAACUUCUUUCUCUUGGAUUUUCUUCCAAUAUGGAAAAUGAUGAACCGGUUUGAAUUUGAAAUAUAUAAUCACGGAUUUCCGUACAGUAAAGUAAAUUAUGUAUUAUC